CUUGGCGCCAACAACGAGUGGACGCACUUCAACUUUUGGCUGCACAGCGAUAUCCAUGGCCCGCGGCCGCUCGUACGAAACGAUUGCGCUAGGCGAAGACACGGGGCUCACGGCGACGGGCCGGACGAAUCUUGCCGCGCUGAGUCGCCACCGGCGGUUCCUUCUAGCGCUCACGGGUGUCUGCGCUCUGUUUUACGCGGGCGUCGAACUCCUUCCGGCAUGGGAAGCGCCGGUCGCGUCGACGACGACGACGACAGCGCUCAACCACCAAGCGACCGUCGUUCCCGAGAGGAAGUUUGUACCACGCGUAGACGACUCGGACGAAGUCGACACGUUCUGCGGCAUCGUCGGCCAAGAAUCCGGCUACAUUACGCUCCCCAACAAGAAGGACGACCACUACUUCUACUGGUUCUUCGAGUCGCGGCGCAACCCGGAGAAGGACCCGCUCAUUCUCUGGCUCACGGGCGGACCCGGCUGCUCGAGCAUGCUCGCGCUCUUGUACGAGAACGGGCCGUGCGUCGUCACGAAGGACCUCAAGACGCAGCUCAACCCGCUCUCCUGGAACAACAUUGCAAAUGUGAUCUGGCUCGACCAGCCCACCGGCGUUGGCUUCUCGUACGGUGCCAAGGACGACUACGACACGAACGAGAACCAAGUCGGCGAAAACAUUUGGUACUUUCUCCAGGGCUGGCUCGCGGCCAACCCGCGCUUCCACGGCCGCGACUUUUACAUUUUCGGCGAGUCGUACGGUGGCCACUUUGUCCCUGCGGCGGCCCACGCCAUCUUUACUCGCAACCCGAGCGCCAAGCCCGACGAGCACGUGAUUGCACUCCGAGGCAUUGCGAUCGGCAACGGGCUCACCGACCCCAUCGAGCAGUAUGCGCACGCUGCCGAUAUGACCGAGAAUGCGUAUAACCUCACGCUUGUCUCGCCCGAGUUUGAAGCGUCGAUGAAGGCGCAAGUACCCGCCUGCGUCGAGAUGGUCAAGCAGUGCCAGACCAACGACUCUGUGUGUGCAAAUGCGCAGGCGUUCUGUCACGAAGCGCUUGUGAACCCGCUCUUCUUGACAACCGGGCGCAACCCGUACGAUGUUCGCAAGCCGUGUGCUGGCGGCCAAUCCAUCGGCUGCUACGACUUUAGCCACAUUCAAGCCUUCCUCAACUCGCCCGGCAUCAUGGACGUCCUUGGUGUCGACACGAACAAGGUGUCGCAGUGGCAAGAGUGCAACUUUGCAAUCAACGCGCAGUUUGGCAACGACUGGAUGAAGGUCUACUCGCAGUACGUGCCGCCGAUGCUCGACGCCGGCAUUCGCGUCAUGAUUUACGCCGGCGAUGCCGACCUCAUGUGCAACUGGCAAGGCAAUGAAGCAUGGACCAAGCAUCUGCCGUGGUCGGGCCAUGCUGCGUUCAAUGCAGCCGCCAACCGCCCAAUGCUCUUCCAAGACAAGCCGGUCGGUGAGGUCCGGUCGGCCCAAGGGCUUUCGUUCCUCCGCAUCUACGAGGCCGGGCACAUGGUGCCACUCGACCAACCCGAAGUGUCGCUCGCCAUGGUCGACACCUUUCUUCGCAACGAAGCGUUUUAAUCAGAACUUGACAUGUGUUUACCCA